AUGUGGAGGAGAGUUUAUUUCCUGCUGGUCCUCGUGCGCAUCUACUUUGCGCUGUCGCCAAGCUACCUGCAUCCCGAUGAGAACUUCCAGGGCCCUGAGGUCAUAGCCGGACGCGUCUUUUCCUAUCCCGUCCACGAAACAUGGGAGUUCACGUCGGACCACCCCAUCCGCAGCACCUUCCCGCUGUGGCUCGCAUACGGCUGGCCCAUGUACAUCCUGCGCUGGCUCUGGGAGGGGUUUGGAUAUGAUGUCUCGCCUUCGGUUGUGUACUGGGCGCUGCGCGUACUCAUGCUCACGCUGAGCGUCGUCAUGGAGGACUGGGCAGUCCACGAGCUGGUUGAGUCGCCGCGCGCUCGCAGUAUCGCUGUCCCGUUGGUCGCGUCGUCGUAUGUCACGUGGACCUUCCAGACGCACACCUUCUCCAACAGCAUCGAGACGUUGCUGAAGCGUUCCAGUAUUUUGGCCUCAUCUCUCCUCGGCUUCAUGGUUGUCGUCGGUGUGUUGAAUCGCAUUACGUUCCCUGCCUUUCUCCUGUUCCCGGCGACCGUAUUGCUGCCUCAUUUCUGGCGCAAGCCAUUCUCCCUCCUCUUCCUCGCUGCCUUUGCGCUCUUUACAGCUUUCGUUGCCGUCUGCGUUGAUACCGCGUUCUAUACCCCUGGCGAGUUCGAUUUUGCCAUAGUCUUCCACAAGCCGAUUAUUACACCCAUUAACAACUUCAUCUACAAUUCGAAUCCCGCGAACCUGGCCCAGCAUGGCAUCCACCCUCGAUACCAGCACGGUCUGAUUAAUCUCGCUCAAUUGCUUGGGCCGGCUUUCCCGCUUUUGUUCUUCCUACGACGCUCGCACCUCAACCCGAUGCUCAUUUCGGCGGUUUCAGGCAUUGCCCUGCUCAGCUUGUUCCCCCACCAAGAGGCCCGGUUCCUGCUUCCAGCUGUCCCGCUUAUUCUGUCUUCGAUACGACUGCCGAGUCCUCGCUUCCGCAAAGUCUGGGUUGUAACCUGGGUUAUCUUCAACCUCGCUAUGGGCGUGCUGAUGGGCGUCUACCACCAGGGUGGCAUCGUCCCUGCGCAGAUGCACAUUGCAAAGACGAAUGAGGUGGUCAGCAAUGCGUUCUGGUGGAAGACGUACAGUCCGCCAAUCUGGCUGCUGAAUGGCAAGAACGAGAAUCUGACCACUGUCGACCUUAUGGGCAUGCCUAGGGAGGAGAUGCUUGAAAAGGUCAAGGCAGUUCUCCCUCCAUGCCGGACUCGAGCGCCACCACAACUCGGCCACGGCGCCACAUACCUGAUUACGCCCCGCUCUGCCAACAUUCAACACUCUUACCGUGACAAUAACACGAAAGAGGAGAUCACCAUGUACGAGGUCUGGGGCUACCGGAAACACCUCAAUCUCGACGACAUGGACUUUGAGAAUGACGGUGUCUGGGGCACUUUGACCCGAGUAGUAGGCAAUCGAGGCAUCGUCAUCUGGCGCGUCAGUAAAAACUGCUGGUUGCAGGACACUUGA